UUAUCUUCUCAUCAAGACAUCUUAUCCACACCAACAAAACCUUCACUCCACAUUUCCCUCACUCACUAUGGCAACAAUUCAAUUUACAACCUCUCCAUCUUUCACCCUCCUUCCACCAAGAAAACAAACCAAUCUUGCUGCUAUUCAACUAAACAAUCCCUGGUCACUCAGAAGAACCGGAAAUCGUCGAGUACGGGGCCUUGUCUAUGCUUAUAAAGUAUUAGUAGAACAUGAAGGUAAAACAACAGAGCUAGAAGUUGAACCUGAUGAGACAAUUUUGUCGAAGGCACUCGACGUUGGCAUGUCCGUACCGUACGACUGCAAUCUCGGAGUGUGCAUGACAUGUCCAGCAAAGCUUCUUAGUGGGAAAGUUGAUCAAAGUGAUGGUAUGCUAAGUGAUGAUGUUGUGGAGAGAGGCUAUGCAUUACUAUGUGCAUCUUAUCCAAAAUCAGAUUGCCACAUUAGAGUUAUACCUGAAGAAGAACUUUUGUCUCUGCAACUAGCAACUGCCGAUGACUGAUGUAAAACUGAUACAAGAUGUUGUACUUUUUGAGGAAUUCAAUGCAAAAUUAUGUGUUUGUAUUGCUAUAAA